UUUUCAAAAUUGAUUUGGCGGAGUGAAGAAAAGCCCACGAAGAAGCCAGAAGCUAAAUCUCAACCAUUUGCUCGAGCCUCUCCCCUAACUUGUUUGAAGGAUCACCCACGGAAGGGUGAGAAGCUCACAUUGUCGCCUAGUGGUACUUUGGCCGCAAUAACCGAUUCACUUGGCCGUAUUUUGCUCUUAGACACUCAGGCACUUGUUGUCGUGCGUUUAUGGAAGGGAUAUCGUGAAGCAAGCUGCUUGUUUGUGGAGAUGCUUGCCCGCAAAGAUAAAGCAGCAGCCUCACGUUGGGCUUAUGACGAGCACUCAAAAAGUGAUUACUGUCUCUGUCUAGCUAUACAUGCACCUCGAAAAGGAAUAGUCGAGGUCUGGCAGAUGAGAACCGGACCACGACUUCUGACCAUUCCAUGUCCAAAAGGCAGUAAAAUACUACAACCAACAUACAGAUUUAGUUCAGCAACAGCAUCUUCAUCAUCUUAUGUACCUCUGCAAGUGUUCUUUCUGAAUGGAGACUCUGGUCAGAUU